AGCGAGAGAGAGAGAGAAGAGAAGAAAAAAAGUCGCUGCCAAAAGGGACAAAAGAAAAAACGCAACUUCUUCCUUGGGCGAAAGACACUCGGACGCAAUGAAAUAUUCAGCUUAUUUCUUGGUGGAAAACUGUUAACAGAAGUGAUAAACACGGCAAGAAGCGUGUUCAAGGGGAAGAAGCUACGUUUUGAGUUCACUUUCGCCUCGCUUGCCUUUCGAUCUCUCGGGAGCACGGACGGGUGUACGCUUAUUGUUUUUGCUGUCCCUACUACGGGGGUCGAUCGUCUGCUAAAUGUCGUGUCGAAAAUAAUUAUUCCCCAAGCAAUAAUUCAGCAACAAAAGCGACACGGUGGUUUCCAGUUCCUUGCCCCGUCUUGCCCCGUAGUGAAGUGAUUCCGUGUUAAGCAAUCUCAUCCAGAGUUGGUUGUGAAUUGGCAAAUCGCCACCGCGGAACGUUUGCUUGUACACGUUUGCCCACAGUUCUUGCCCAUUGGACACACCUCUGAAGGGGGAAAAAAGCUCCCCAAAUCGGUUAUCGCGUACGGUAAGUGUGUGGGCCAAACAAGCCACAGUUUGCCCACGAGCUUCUCAUCCCGCUGGCGAUGGCAAAGGAUAACAACAACAUCAACACGGAUGAUCUGACUGCAGCCACUCCUUCGUCCUCGGUGAAAGCGGCCCCGGCGUCCUCGUCCACCGCGCCAGAGGGUCCGGAAAAUGGUCCGUCCGCCCCGGCGGCGGAACCACAGUCCACGUCUCCAUCACUGCCGCCCGCCUCGAGUAGCACUCCGGAGGUGGCCCCGCGCAGGGAGGAAAACCCAUUCUCCUUCAAACACUUUCUCAAGUGGGACGGAAACCACACGACGAACGGUGGAGGGGCCAGUGCAGGCGGUGGUAGUGCCGCCAGCAGCAUAAAUCACAGCCGAAGUGCAUCGAGCAUAAAUGGGCACGGAAUGGGCAGCUCGCUGGCGGAUGGCGGUGGUGGUACGGGUGGCACUGGCAACACGAACGGAACGCACGAGGGCAAGACGGGGCUGGCUGGGGCGAACGGAAGCACCCUGACGACGGUAACGACCGCCACCACCAGCACUGGAUCACCGUCCAAGUCGGCCACCACCAGCUCGCUCAACGUGGUCAGCUCGACGACGGGUGCGCGGCCAAAAAUCCCCCAGUUCCAGUCGGUCAACACGCUCAGCAGUGAGUCGAAGAUGAAACGGUCGCCCCGCUUCCCGUCGUUCGAUUCGCAGUCGAGUCUGUCGGACUUUGCGGACGAUCGGUUCGGUUCGAUCUACCAGAGCCGCAGCAACGGUUCCUUCAGCUCCGACUAUCCUGCGGCGGGCGGUGGAGUGGGCGGCAGUGCUACUGCUGGUGGUGGUUUGCGCGAGGACGCCAACGGGAUGGAGCAGCUGGGCGAGCAGGUGGAAUUGCUGCGCGGGUAUGUGCAGCGGUCGUACUCGAACUUUGAUCUCGACAGUCCCGGUUCGUCGGCGGCUGUGGCGUCCGUCGAUCGGCGAAACGAGCUGGAAAUGCACAACGAGCCACCGGGCAGGGGGUUGGUUGGGGCGGCAGAGUUCUCCGCCGCCCUGCCCGACUUCGUGCAGGACCAUCUCGUGAUGGAGCAGUGGUACAACACGCUGCCGAAGGGCACGGGCAGCGGCUCGUCUGGGUCGGCCGAGUUCGACGACGUGCUAGACCUGACCGGGGUGGCAAACGUUUCCGGCGGUGGUGGUGGUGGUGGCGCUCCACUGUCUUCCUGUAACGAUAUACCGUUUGAUCUGACCGCGAGCAGCACGACGAGCAGUAGCCGAGCGGCGCGGGAUCCGAACACGACCCCCGCUGCUGGACACCGGCAUUCCAUGGGCGUGCGGCUCGAUCUUCCCUCGCGCAGUGGAGCAGCAAACCUGGCCGGACCAGCGGAGCUCGGAUUCGAUCUUCCACCGCGCUCACCCACGUCUUCGUCCUCGGAACUGCCGCCCGAUCUGACCGAAGGCAAUGCGGGCGGUGGCGGCGAUGCGGGCGGUUCGUGUGGCAGAUCACGAUCCUACUACUAUUCCGUCUCACCGCCGCCCGGCUCCAGCGGCACGACGGGUGACAACAAAAUCCAUCGCCUGCCGGACUUUCUGUCCGACGGGCCGAUUCAUUCGUCGGGACGGUUGGCCGACGUUACGCACGACACGCCGCACGCGUCGGAAUCUUCGUCUUCGGCGACGAUGGGCGGCUAUCGGCAGAGCCGGAGACAGUGGGAGACGCAGUACCAGAACCGGCUCGGGGCGGAAUCGCUCGAGAACGAGCGGCUAAGGCGCGAGCUGGAAGCUAGUCGUCGGACGGUCGGUGAGCAAUCGCGCCGCAUCCGGGAGCUGGAGCGCGACCUCGAAACGAUGGUUUCGCUUGCCCGACCUGGGGGCGCCAGUGGGUCGACGCAGUCGAAUGCAAGCAGCUUCCUGCAAGCGAAAACACGGGCCGUUACGGCUGAGGCGGAGAUGAAGCAGCUGCGACAGAAGCUGAGCAAUAUGAGUGUCGAAAUGGAAGCGCUGCGAAGAGAAAACGAAACGCUUAAGGAGGAAGCCUGUGGGGGCGCCAUCGGAGGUAGCACGGGUGCGGGCGCCAGUGCUAGGGUGCGGCAGGACGACGGCGCAGGAGACCUUGGCAGCCGAACCAGGCGGGACCGUUCUUCCGCUUUUCUGCGCGCACAAACGGUCGCCCUUCGGCAGGCAGCAUCGACAGCGGAAAGCAAUCUAAGACAACUGCUAAGCGGGGUGGAAAACCUCCGAUCGAUGGCCAAUCAGAUAGAAACGUUUCGAAAUACGCAGGACGAGGUAAAGUCUGAGGGUGUGUCGAUACCGCUGGAGGACUAUCUGCACGACGUCGGCGUUAAUAGCGACGAUGACGACGACGAUGACGACGAUGAUGAGCCGUUCGGUCCGGCCUUGUAGAUACACACGAAACGGGAUUGUGAAGCGUGGGAAAGCGUGGAAGCGGUGGAAGUCUAGGUGUAGUGUAGCGCGCGACUGAUUGCGGAUGUUUGGUGUGCGUGUGUGUGUGCUCUCUGG